CUCUUUAUCUAAUAAUCUACAAGUUUUACAUAUUUACAACUUACACUUGACAAUAUUGGAGAAGAUUUCACCAUGAAGAACUUGAAUGAUUUAAAUGAUUGGACUUUGAGAGAUGAAGAUGUGCAGAAUGACUUCCAAAAUGAAAACUAUCAAAUGUUAGAAGCAAAUAUGCUUGCUAUCAAAAGACAAGAACAAGAAUUUUUAGCAGAUUUUGAGGAGAUACGACAACAAUUCAAAGACGUCUUGUCCACUGCUGGGAUUAACCAAUCACAGUUUCCAGUUACACCGAAUAAAAAUCUUGUACCAGUUGACCCCAUGACCCCCACUUUUAUGCUUACACCUAAAGGAUUAACAGAUUUAGACAUUAAGAAAUGCCUGCUAAUCAACACUUUAAACGACUCCACAUCAUCCAGAGACCAGCUUCAAUCUGAUGGAUGCAGUGAUUCAGAACACUCUCCAAUGUCUACCGAUACUGAGUUAUCUGAUGAUGAGGAUGAAACUGUAUUUUUUGAGAGGGAAGUUGAAGGAUGUGAAGAUGAGGAUGUUUUUAAUCUAGAAGAUUCAUUUCAAUUUUCUACUUCAUUUGUUGCUGGGAAUUUUGUUAAUGAAAACCAAGAAAAGAAACAAGCAUUUGGAUCAUCAAAAGGUCAAAGUUCAAAUCCUCUGGCCUCUUCCACUAUGGUUGAAGAACCAGUAGUUCAAAAGAGAUGUAAACCAGUUUGCAGGGGAGUAUCCGUUCCAAAAGCUUCAUCAACAAUUCUGUAUGAACCACGUCCUGUGAGAAAAGUGCACAAGUCUUUUUCACCUGUAAUCAAGAUCAAAGACCUUCAGAUGAAACCAAUAUCAUCAAAUGUAUCUAACAAAAGGGAAGCAACUGUUCAAAGGGAUGUAACUGUUACAAACACCCAUACUGAAAGUGUGUUUACAUGGUCUCUUCAACAUUCCUCGACUGAUGUGCCUCUAGAGGAAUCUUACUUCAGAUCUGUAAAGAAAAGGUCAAACAGGCACUCCAAUUCAUCCAGACAGAUGUCAAAGGUCACGGUCAGGUCUCACAAGAUGGCUUCAGCACUGAAUCUAAUUCCAAAUGAGACUAUUAAUGGAAUGUCUUUGAUAACAAGGAAAUAUACAAACAAGAAUGAAAUAUUUUCUGACAGUUUGAGCAUAGAAAACCCACUUUACAAUUCAUCCAAAACAAUUCCUCGUAGUAGUACUAGAGCCAAUAUGCAGAGCUGUAGACCCAAAGACUGUGCAGAUGAUAAAAUAUUCAAGAAACCUGUUGGUACUUCCAAUGAUGAAAAAGUUCAUGUUGAAAGGAAAAAUUCUGUUGUCAAAAAACUUUUAAAAUUCAGAGAAAGUUUUAAAAAGAAGAAUGGCACAACUGAUUUACGUACCCUUGCAAUGUUAUAAACACAUUGGAUGACAAUUUAUAGAUUUAUAUGAACUUUGAACUGGUAUAGUGCUAUUUACUGUGAUAAUAAUUGUAAAUAACUUGUUACUUUUUAUGAAUUGUUAUUGAUGAUAAUAAAUUGAUUGAAAAUUAUAAUAGUAGUUUUUUUGAUUGUCUAAAUGAAGAUUAGCAUUUUUUUUGGAGAGGGUCUCUAUGUAUGCGACUCACACUUAAGAUAAGAGUCAUCUUAUACUUUCUAAGAUAUUUUAUUCCUGGAAGCAAUGACAUGAUAAGUUUCAUUCAUUUUGUGUGAACAAAAGUUGUUGAGUAUGAAUGAGACAGUUACCCAUAAAAAACAAUGGACAGCUAUAGACAAAC